CUCGUCUUCUCGAGGAAAAUCGUCGACUUGUCUGAGGGAGGAGGAAGCAGCAGCAUCAUAAGCCGCCAUGGUGAAGUACUCCAGAGAGCCAGACAAUCCCACCAAGUCUUGCAAGGCCAGGGGCUCAGAUCUCAGAGUUCACUUCAAGAACACAAGGGAGACUGCUCAUGCCAUUAGGAAGUUGCCUUUGGCCAAGGCCAAAAGGUAUUUGGAGGAUGUUCUGGUCCACAAGCAAGCCAUACCUUUCACCCGCUUCUGUAGAGGUGUUGGACGAACUGCUCAGGCAAAGAACAGGCAUUCAAAUGGGCAAGGACGCUGGCCUGUCAAAUCUGCUAAAUACAUCCUAGAUUUGCUUAAGAAUGCCGAGAGUAAUGCUGAUUUGAAAGGUCUGGAUGUUGAUUCACUCUACAUAUCUCACAUCCAAGUGAACCAGGCACAGAAACAAAGGCGCCGCACAUACCGUGCUCAUGGAAGAAUCAACCCAUAUAUGUCAUCCCCAUGCCAUAUCGAGUUGAUUUUGUCCGAAAAGGAAGAACCUGUUAAAAAGGAGCCUGAAACUCAGUUGGCUACCAGCAAGUCCAAGAAGUCUCAUGCAGUGCGCGGUGGUGCAUCUUCUUGAAUGGCAGGCUGAUGAUAGAGCCAGUAACGCUUUAAGAAAUUCUCAUGUCAUUUUUAUCCAAAAAAGAACAGAAGUUUUCAUGUCAAAUUUGAUUUGCCCCGCUUUCAUUUGAAAAUGAGUUUUGUUGCCUUUAUAUAAAAGUGAUGGAUUAUGGAGUGUCUUUGAGCCACUUUGUUUUGUUUUAUGAAGAUUGUUAAGUAUUUUGGGAAGUCAUGGAAAUUUUAGAUUAA